AUGUACUCGGCGCCUGUCGCGCCGACGCUUGUGGCCUUGUCCGCGCUCCCGACCUUCCAGGAGCUCGAUGUCUUGACCAAGUGGACCCCGUCCGAGUUUUCUCAGUCGACCGAGUAUUUCCUCCACAGCCCGCUGAGCCCGCGCAACAGCAAGAAGACCAAAAUGACGUACGACGACCGCCCCAAGGUGGCCAACUUUACGUGCCUCGACGACUUUUAAGGGCGAGUUAUCUUGCAUCUCAUUUAUUUACCCACGAGACCUAUCACUAAACUAAAAUAACAACUCG